AUGGCUCCCUUCGGGGUUUUUGACACGGAUAUUCAUAUUGCCCUACUUUCAUUCAUUGCCACUGGAAUUCUAUAUGAAUAUACUCAUUCUUGUUUGGACCGAAAUCUUCCCAAAUGGAAUUGCUUCCCCCAAACACUGCGGAACCGGAUGUGUAUUGAAAUCGCCUGCAUUCCGAUCCGAAUUGGCCUGGUCUACUUUUCUCUGCCCUCGGUGAUAUUGGCCUUCACACCAGCCUCUAACUGGACGGCUGUCGAUACUCAACGCUCACUCAUCGCCUGCUCUUUAAUGACUGGCGCCUAUCUGUUUGACCUUAUGAUUUACAGAGAGGAUGUCUUAGGUGUCCUUCAUCACUGCAUGGGGCCAGCCCUGCUACUUUGGACUCGUCUGUGUUUCUCGACUUUCACUUCAGCCGACGCCCUGGUUUCUCGCAGCUUGAUGAUGUUCAUCUUCUUCGGCGCAGCGACGGGCGGUGUGUUUGCCAGCGCCGGAGUCUUCAUACUGCGCGUGGGCAAGAAGUAUCUGAAGCGCAGCACCCUUCACAGAUACUUCACAUUUUGUGUCAUAGGGUUAACUGCUACUACGGUGCUCAGCUGCUACCUGAACCUACUUUACUUCUUGCACACAUGGGAUCAAGCUUACGCAUACUUUGGCUUGGCUAUUCCACUUCCCAUUAUUUGGGAGACUUUCGAGUGCUACUUGCAGUGGCGAUGGCUUCUUCGCUUCUACAGCAUCGAAGAUGACCUGCGGCGGGGAGAUCGAAUGUUGACAACCUUUUCCGACGAAUCUGAUCAUACUUGCCAGGUAACUGACCUUAAGCGAGAAGACAUACCGUCAGUGUUUCCUCGCGGAACAGUUUCGGUGUUGCGAGUGCUUGUAUGGCAAUGGGUCUUGCUGCUGUGCUACCUCUACUUCAUGUUCAUAAGAGAUGUGUACUUUUGCUGGUCAACUCCAAGAGCACAAUCAGCCAACCAGGUGGAAGCUGCUUCCAACAAUAGCGCAGAGUGGUAG